AGCUGUACCAGAUGCUCGGGUCGGACGUUGGUAUCCAGCUGAGGCACAUAGUAUCAGGAUGUGAUUAUGCGCCCAGUGGCCGACGGACCAUGGGCACAGACGAACACCACCGUGUGGGUCUCCAUCGACGUCCCGAAGGGUGCCAGGCUGCCGGCCUGCAGCAGCGACGCCGUGCCACGGCUGGAGGCGGCAGCGGCUCUCGACCGCGUCCUGGUCUCCGCCCGCUGCGAGCGGCCAGACGGCUCACCGGCGGCGGCAGCGCCGCCGCCGGGCUGGGAGCUGGAGCUGCGCGAGGACGUGGUGCCCGGGGCCACGCGCUCCGAGCGCGCCUCCAGCGGCGCGGCAGUCGUCCUGGUCCUGCGCAAGAAGAUCUGCCACCGUUGGGACCGCCUCCUGUGGGACGAGUCCGCCGCAGCGGUCGCGAGGGACUGGAGGCGAGAGGACCGCAACCUGCCCGAGGAGGACGAGGUCGAGCUGCCCCGAGCGCAGAACAUCAAGAGGUACACUCUGAGCAGCCUGGUCGCCGCGGCGAAAGAGAAGGUAGUGGUCCUUGCGCUGCGCUACCCGUGGUGCACAGUGUGCGAGGAGAAGGACAAGGGCUUCGUCAAAGCCACAAAAGUUCUCGGCGGCAAAGAGCAGUUCGCCGAGGUCGCUUUCGGCGCCAUGGACGCGCGAGAAGAGAAGGCUGCGGCCAGGCUGCUCGGCGAGGAGGACGAGAUCCACCUCUGCAAGAGGGAGCGAUGCCCCCUGUACGUCUUCAAGCCAGACGAGCCACUUGGCGAGCCUUACAGGAUAGACUUGCAGAUGCUGUACGAGAUGGACGAGUACUCCAUGAUGGCCGACCCGAUGGCGGGUGCCCCCGGACACGCGGCGAGGUCGCAGGCCGCCAAGCCCAACUUCGACCGCUUCGAGAGCGACCUUGCGCGCCUGCUGCCUCCGGCGCUCACGCGCCUGGCCGACAGCGACGCACUGGCGCACUUCCGCGGCGCCUCCCAGCACGCGCUCGUCGCCGUUGGAGUGAACGCCACCGAGCUGCGCUGGGUUGGCAGACGGCUGCGGGGCGAGGCGGCGGUGGCUUUGGCGGAGGACCCAGCCUCCUUGGGGGCCGAGGGCGGCAUGGCGGUGCGGCUGUGGUCCUCGGAUGCGCCCAGGCAGGUGCCUCUCCGCUUCGAUGGUUCCCUCGCGCCGCUCGCCCUGGACGGUUUGGAGCUCUUUGCGCGCGCGCACACGCAGCCCAUCGUACAGAACUACUCUUGGGAGCUGAAGGACAGACUCGACAAGGUCAACCUGAGCCUGGCCGUGCUGUGGGCGAACUACACCGACGCGGACAGCGCCAACGUGACGCAGGCGGCACUCCGCGCGUUCACGAGCCUUUGUGAGAGGAGGCGUGGUGCACGCGCUGAUCACGAUGUCUUGUGCGUAGUAUACGAUCAGUCCUACGCGUACUACCAGCGCGAGUAUGGGAGCCACGACCCCUAUCCGUAUCCUUUUUUUGGUGUGACAACGAAGCUUGGCUUCGGAGAUGGUGACCGGUUUGGCUACCCUUUCAAGGAGCCCGUGAACAAGACGGUGCAGACGUUCUUCUCCAGGCGGAAGAAGGCGGUCCGGCAGAUGAGCUCUUGGGUGGGCAGGGUGCUGUCGGGCCGCGUGCCAGCCUCCCACGAGUCGGGCCCGGUUCCGACAGAGUCUGGCUGGACUCCUGGCCGGGUGCAGGAGAUCGUCUGGAAGACAUACCAGCGGGAGGUCAACGGCAGCACCGCGGACGUCCUCCUCGAGCUCUACGACGACCAGAGGAAGAAGGGCCACCUGUCCGAUGCCGCCUUGAGGGUGGUGGCGACCACGCUCAAGGACUAUGCCUCGCUGAAGGUGGCACGGAUGGAAGUCAGCGCCAAUCACGUCCCACCCGUUUUCGGGCGGAAAGCGUUUUCGAAGGACACUGAGUAUUAUUGGGUGCCCCCGAGCCUCAUCAGCGGGGAGUGGACACCCCAACUACCUGUGCGGCUCGACUCCACGGGCGAGGUAUCGCCAGAGAGGUUACUGCGGUUCUUGAAGAAGCACAGCCUUUCCAGCUGGUCUUUGAAAGAGGCUAUAGAAACUGCUUCUGACAUCUCCGACGAGAUCAUGGGCCAGGCCAGGACGGUUCAGCGAGAGGACGACCGCGCGGACGAAGAGAAGCAAGAGAUGAUAAAGAAAAUGAUGACAACUUUAAAGAAAGAAAAGGGCCUCGUGGAUGUGGGCGAGAUGAUGGGCCUCAAGAAGGCAGCCGACGCAGUGGGUGUUGAAUCGGAAUUGGACCCUGCUCAAACAAAAAUGAAGGGAAAGGGACGGACGGUGCCGGCAGCCACGAAGGCCGACGUUUCCGGGACUUCAGCAGGCACAGUUGUUGAUCAGGAGGGUCGCCGGGAGAAGAGGCGACAGCAGUUGCAGAAAGAGGACGAUAAGUUGAAGCGGCUAGAGCGGAAAGAGAAGGACAAGCGGAGGAAACGCCGCGAGGCCGAGAAGGAGCGGAAAGCAUUAAAGAAACAGCAGGAAGCAGAAGCCCAGGCGAUCCAGGCUAAGGAGCGCGAGAGAAAGCGGAAGAAGUUACAAGAGGAGAGGGCUUUGAAGCCCACUACGGCUUACUUCGCCUGGGGUCAAGCGAAGGAUUGGAUACGCAUCUCUGUCAGCGUGCCAGAACUUCAGCCGGAUACUCUUAAUGUUAGUAUCGUGGAUGAUGCCAUAGUCGUCGCAGCACGGGAUUCCCGCAACCGUUCCGUCUCUUUGGGAUUCGAAUUGCGCGAGUUUGUUGUUCCAUCGAACUCAUCGUGGAGCUUGAGGUACUCGGAGGGUAACCCUCUCAAUCCAAGACCCGACGGUGUGGUAUUGAGCUUGCAAAAGCAGAUCGCGCAUAGAUGGGACCGCCUUGCUCAGAACAACAGCGCAAUCAAACCGUUCAUGCGGAAAGAUUGGGUACAGAUGGACGAUGGCGAUUUGGAGGAGGAGAAAGAGGAUAUCGAGCUACCCGUUGGCCCGAAUGUCAAGAAAGUGACGGCCAAAAAGCUCCACCAGUUAGUUGUUGAUCACCCCAUGGUCGUUGCUGCGAUUCGGUACCCAUGGUGCGACAAGUGUGUGGAGAAGGACAAACAUUACGCCAAGGCUGCUCGGACCAGUAAGGACAAAGACCACCUGGGCACGAUUGCUUUCACCGUGAUUGAUGCGCGAGAAGAAAAGCACGUCGCCCGAACCCACAACACGACUUGCAGCGACGAGUGCGAACUGCAGAUCUUCAAGCAGGACGAGCCUGAGGAGCCCUACACUGUCCCCGGACGGAAGUUCCCAGAGGAGGUGCACAUAGAUUGCUACAAGCAUCUUCUGCCCGUCGUCAGCAUUGUGCCCGACAAGGCGACACUCGAUAGAGUGACGUCUGCCUUCGAUACCGCCAUCAUAGGAUUCUUCUCGGGCGCGGACAAGCAGCAAGACCCCUGGUAUCUGUCGGCCUCCGCCUAUCCCACCGCCGUGGCUCGGGGGGCCUCCAGGGGGCCUGUGGCACACCCCGGGAGUGCCUGGAAUGCCCAGAACAAGCCAGGCAUCCUCACAAAUACAAUGGCCCAAGUGUGCAUCGAGGACGGACGUGUUGCAUAA